AUGUUAGUGUUAGUGUCGCUUGAACUGGAUAUGCGACGAAUGGUACAAUGUUUGAGGAAAUGUACACAGUCCGGCGGUUGUCUUUAUACUUGUAUUCAGGCCAUAAGAUGGGUCCCAGUUAUCAUCAUACUAUGCGCAAUCUGCUGGGGUUAUUAUGCCUAUGUUGUUGAACUAUGCAUUCAUACUGUGAACAAUGAUCUUCAACGGGUAUUCUACUUAUUUUUCUUUCAUGUUUUUCUUGUGUUAUUCAGUAUUUCAUAUUAUCGAACUAUCUUUACACCUUUACGACUACCACCCUCUAUUUUCUACCCUGACAAAGACUGCCUGAACGAACUCAUAGCUUGUGAACGGGACGAGCAUUUGGAACAGGCUGUACUUGCUCGAUAUGUGGCAAUACAUCGGGUACCGGUAAAAACAAGGGAUUUUGCCAGAGGUAUACGAUACUGUCCAAAGUGCAGAUGUAUAAAACCAGAUCGCGCGCAUCAUUGUUCAAUCUGUGGACAAUGUGUUUUAAAAUUUGAUCAUCACUGCCCAUGGGUGAACAAUUGCGUAAACUUUUACAACUACAAAUUCUUCCUUUUGUUUUUGGGCUAUGGGUUCAUCUUUUGUUUAUUCGUAUUCUUCACCGAUUUACCUUACUUUAUCGAGUUUUGGACGAGAGAUUACCAUGAACAUAACUUGCAAGCGAGCAAAUUCCACUUGUUAUUCCUAGUGUUCGUCUCAGGAAUGUUCGCCAUUUCACUCUCUUUCCUUUUCUUUUACCAUCUCUACUUAACAGCGAGAAACAGAACAACAGUCGAGUCAUUCCGCGCACCAAUGCUCGAAGGGGGACCCGACAAACGUGCUUUCGAUCAUGGUAUCCGCGCAAACUAUAGAGAAGUGUUCGGCUUUGAUAGGAAACUAUGGUUCCUGCCUAUAUUUUCAAGUGGUGGAGACGGUUCAGUAUAUCGCACACGACAACAAGGUGGAUAUGUGUUCGAAACCGCCGCUCGAACAUGUACCUCACCACCAGCAGACAGCAGAAAUAUACUAUAUGCAACACAGCGAGAUAACUCGGCCAUUCUUGGAGAUGGUGUAGCAUUCGAGCGAUGGGAAGCAAGCGGCUGUCGAGCCGCUGCACGAUACUCGUUGCUGACGCAAGUUGAAGCUGCCGAACUCCUCAACGCCGCUAGUAGCGACAGCGAAGACGAAAUAAUCUAA